AUGGUAUCUUUAAACGAAGUGAUCAUCGCCGUUCUUGACGGAAUCCAAAUUGACGCGUUUGGUGGAAAUGAAGUAGAGCGUUUGAAAGUCCGCGCUGCUGCACGUCGACUUCUGGCAAGAGUGGAGACUCCUUAUGAACGUGCAUGGGGUUUCUGUUUCGAGCACCCUGCUGUCUUUGCCGCCCUCCAGACAUGUAUUGAUUUGGGACUUUGGAGAUCCUGGACUGCUAUUGGAGGGGGAGAGAAGUCGAUCGAUGAGCUGGUUGAUUUGACUAAGCCUACGGUCGAGACAAACCUCCUUCGUCGAUUCUUCCGCCUGUUAGCAGCUUUCAACGUGGUUGAAGAGACCGGAGAAGAUCGAUUCAAACCCACCCCUUUCUCCUUUGCCAUUGGUGAUGAAAGUACCAAGGUCCGAGCUUCACUUGAAGCAGCCACACACCAAUAUAUUGCGUCCGGUCGCAAUCUCCCUGGCUACCUAGCCAAGACAUUCUACAAAGAACCGACCGACAUCAAUGUGAAUAACUACUCAGACUCCGAUCCAGAUGGCCUCAAUUUCUUUGGCCGGCUACAGGCAAGUCCCGCAUGCUUUGAAGCAUUCACAGGCCACAUGGAAGCAUGGACGACAUGGAAAACCCCCUGGACCAAGGUUUACGACACAACCAGACUGCUCAAGGGUGCGGAUCUGAACAAUGGUGCUCCAUUUGUCGUGGAUGUCGGUGGAAACACAGGAAUCGACAUUUCCCACGUGUUAGUCGCGCAUCCGGAUCUCCCAGCUGGAGCACUCGUUCUACAAGAUCUUCCCGAGAUCAUUGCCAAAGCUAAGGUGAAUGAAAGGAUCACGGCGAUGACCCAUGAUGUCUUCUUACCGCAGCCAGUGAAAGGUAGCCGAGCAUACUUCAUGCAUGCGGUCCUUCACGAUUGGCCGGAUGAAAAAGCUAAGCAUCUACUUGGUAAUACCCGGGACGCAAUGGUGAAGGGUUACUCGAAGCUCUUCAUCUAUGAUAUUGUCCUUCCGCCUAAAGGGGCGAGUAUUAGUCAAACUACCAUGGAUGUCCAGAUGCUGGCGUUGCUUUCGGCGGCGGAGCGAACUGAAGGUGAUUGGAAGAAACUUCUGGCUGAAUCUGGUUUUAGGAUUUGCAAAUUUUGGCCUGAUCCUCAACAAUAUGAGAUGGUGAUUGAAGCCGAGGUUGCGUAG